AUGGCAUUUAAAUAUCGUAAGUCUAUCAAGGAGGACAUAGACACAUUUCCUGUUAGAUAUUUGGUGGGAGGCUCUUUCUUGCUUUCAUUGAUUUUCACCCAUAAAUAUUCAUUUGGUGAAAUCUUGUGGUCGUUUUCAUUGUGGCUCGAAUCAGUAGCAAUCUUGCCCCAGUUAUUUAUUUUACAAAGAACUGGUGAAGCCGAAAAUAUCACUACCCAUUACAUUUUUGCAUUAGGUAUAUACAGAGUUUUGUAUAUUCCAAAUUGGUUAUACAGGUAUUUCGGAGAAGGUAAAUUUGACUAUAUCGCUGUUUUAGCUGGAUUAAUUCAAACAGCGGUAUACUCAGAUUUUUUCUACAUCUAUUAUACCAAAGUUAUGCAAGGUCAAAAUUUUGAAUUGCCAGUUUAA